UCUUAUGGGAAAAGUAUUGGGGCGAUAUAAUUGGGUAAAUGGGCUUUGAACCCAGUCAGGGCCUCAUGGUUUUAAAAAGGGUGACGACUCUCUGAUUUUGAGCUUGUGCUCUCAGAGAGCAUCACUCUCUCUCUCUCUCUCUCUCUCUCUGUUCUCUUUUUUUCUUUCAUCCAUUUUCAACUCUCUCUCUCUCUCCCUCUCUCUCUGUGUUCUCUCCUGCGUCACAAAUAUCAGAAGAAGAGAUGGGAAGAGCUCCUUGUUGUUCGAAGGUUGGGUUGCAUAGAGGUCCAUGGACCGGCAAAGAGGACGCAUUGCUUACAAAAUACAUUCAAGUUCAUGGCGAAGGCAAUUGGCGAUCUUUGCCCAAAAAAGCUGGGCUACUUCGAUGUGGAAAGAGUUGCAGGCUAAGAUGGAUGAACUAUCUAAGGCCGGAUAUCAAGAGAGGGAACAUCACACCCGAUGAGGAUGACCUUAUAAUCAAAAUGCAUGCCCUCUUGGGCAACCGUUGGUCUCUGAUCGCAGGAAGGCUACCUGGUCGAACUGAUAACGAGAUCAAGAAUUACUGGAACACACAUCUUAGCAAGAGGCUCCGAAGCCAAGGCACCGACCCGAAUACCCACAAAAAACUAUCGGAUUCCCAUGUCCAAGAGCCCAAGAGGAGGACCAGCUGUAACAAGAAGCAAAAAAACAAGUCUAAGUCCAACCUAGACCACACUGAGAAGCUAAAAGUUCAUAAUCCAAAGCCCUUUCGGAUCAAAUCUCUGGCUUCUUUCUCAUUGUCUAGAGACAGAAGCACCUUCGACUGGACUACUACUACUACUACUACUGCAACUGCUACACCUAGUGGUUCUUCAAAUCAUGAAGGAGAGAGGGGAAUGCUUGGUAAUAACGGGUCAAAUGGUCAUGAGGUUGGCUUUUUUAUUGGUGAAGAUGGAUCAGAUCAUUAUCAUCACGAUCAUCUAAUGGACGGUUCAGAUCUCGAGUGCCGGUCUCUAGAGAAGCUGUACGAAGAGUAUCUACAGCUUCUAAAGACGGAAGAAGAUGAUCAAGGCCAGUUGGAUUCCUUUGCUGAAUCAUUGCUCAUCUGACCAAUAGUACUUAAGCAAAGUAGUUGUUUCGGGGUCUUUGGAGCGGGGAAGCCUCUGAAUCUUAGUUAUAGUUUCCACAUGCUCACCUUCCUUUCCCUCGACCUAGUUUUCAACUAUGGUAAAUAUGUGAUGAGAAUUUAAGCUAAUAAUAAUAAAAAUAAAUUAUACCAAUAUGUGGAAUAAAUUCAUGUCUGUUUGCAUACGCA